AUGGUCAAUGGAAAAUCAAAUUCAGUUGCUCUUCUUGUCCCCAUCUUUACUGGGGAAAAAUAUCAUUUUUGGAGUAUCAAGAUGAAGACAUAUUUUUUGUCCCAAAACUUAUGGAAAAUUGUUAAUGAGGGACCGGAAAACACCUCCACGCUGUCUGAGUUUGAGUUACAACAGCAGCAGCAGAAUGAUGCAGCAGCACUAUUCAUCCUUCAGCAAGCUCUGGAUGAUUAUAUUUUUUCAAGAAUUUCUGAAGCUAAGACGGCGAAGGACGCAUGGCAAAUUUUAAAAGCAGAGUUCCAAGGCAAUUCAGAGACUCUUCCCUUGCCAGAACAGGAUAUAAAGAAUUGCAAGAAAUACCUGCCACUAUAUAAUGCUAUACUCGAAGGUGAUCUGUUAUCUGUACAACAGCUGUGUGAUGAGGAUAAAGAUGCGUUAGAAGCCAGGAUCACGGUAAAUUGGGACACAGCUCUUCAUGUAGCUGUUGGGACAGCCAAUGCUAAUCAUAUUGUGGAGUAUCUAGUAAAUAAGAUGUCAAUGGAUCAAGUGUCACUGAAAAAUAAAGAGGGCAACACAGUCCUUUCUGUUGCUGCAAUGGCUGGCAAUCUCCAAGCAGCCAACAUGAUAAUGAGGAAAGAUGAACAUCAAAGCUUGAUUGAAGUUGAAAACAACUUUGACGGGAUACCUUUAAUUGAGGCUGCUCGACAUGGGCAAAAGAAGAUGACUGAAUCUCUAAUGCAAUUUAGCAAAAGUUAUUUGGAGUAUGCUACUGCAACACGUUUUGAAGAUAAUUCUGGUGGUUAUUUAUUAAGUUUACUUAUAAUUGCAGGAUUCUAUGACUUAGCUCUAGAAUUGCUUCGACGGCAUAAAAGGUUAGGCAUAUAUGUUGGUGAGUCUCUUUUGACUGAAAUAACCAGAAAGCCGUCCGCGUUUCCAAGUGGAAGAAGAAGAAAUAUAAAGUUACGGCAAUACGUUAAUGUUUCUAAGGAAUUGGGGGUUUGCGAAAUUGUGAAGGAGAUUAUAAAGUCGUUUCCUGAUGCAAUUUGGUUUACAAAUGAAAAGAAACAUAAUAUAUUUCACUUGACAAUUAUCAAUCGUCAAGAGAAGGUAUUCAACCUCAUAUUUAAAAUUAGUAGUCACAAGCAUUUGUUGCUGAUGUCUCGUGAUGUUUACGGGAACAAUGUCUUGCACUUUGUUGGACUGCUGGCACCAGAAAAUCAACUAAAUCUCAUUCCUGGUGCAGCCUUGCAAAUGCAGCAUGAGUUACAGUGGUUCAAGGAAAUAGAGAAUAUUGUACAGCCUGCCUACAAAGUGGAUAAAAAUUUUAAUGGAGAAACUCCUGCAAUGAUAUUUACUGAGGCACAUAGGGAACUCGUUAAAGAAGGUCGGGAUUGGAUGAAAGUUGUAGCAAACUCAUGCUCACUAGCAGCAGCUCUGAUUGCCACUAUUGUGAGUGAAUGCUGA